UAUCGCGAUAAUUCAUAAGUAAAAUAAAAGCAAGAGCCCGAUGCUAUAUAUCUGGUGUAACGAUGGAAUUAGCUCUUCAGACUGUAAACGAAAACAAAAUUCCCCUAACGGAUUCCCCCCCCCCAAAAAAGAGGGAAGCACUUCGUUCUCUUUAAGACAGUGCAUCUCUGCGGCCGCUGGCAUUUCCACAGCCAGUCGCCCCGCAGGCGUGCGUCACUGCUGCGCUCAGCUGCCGCUCCGAUUUAAUUUACACUACAGCCAGAUCAGAGGGUUGUCGUCUUCGGAGUCCGAGCCGCAGGAGGGAAGCAGCGAACGGCAAUGGCGUCCGUGGCUCUGGGACGGCACCCGGCUCAGCUCCACCUCGACACGGAACAGCAGCGCUUUCUCCAGCAGCUCUCCAGCGGCGAGAGGAAGAAGCUCCUGAGGAAGUCUUCGGGCGAGAUGAAGGCGAAGAAGAGCGCGCCGGCGGAGCAGGGGCUGGCGGCGGCGGCGGCGGCAUCUCCAGCUCCGUUACAUCCUCAGGGAAACAGCGCCGCGCCGGAGGACGGCUACAGCAGCAGAGGCGGCGGGGUUGUGAGCCCGGCGCUGCAGCCGUGCAGGGUGGACAAUGUCGAUACUACCGGGAUGAAUGACCUCUCGACCUGCUGCAGAAGUGGGGAGGGGAGGGAGCCUUUUUCGCUCCCGGCGAAGCGGAAAAACAGCAUCCCCAGGGCGGAGGGGGAGGACGUGAAGCCGCCAGGCAGCCCUGACAGAAGCGAUGCCGGGACGAGCAGUUCGGCGGCUUGCUCUCACCAUGGAAGCGGCAGGAAGAAGUCCCUGAAAGAAGUCAAGGCUUUCAGGACCAACAGCUCCCCGGCUAACGGGCACGUCGGCUUCCACCGACCUGUCAGCAGGCGGUCGUCGCAGGUCACCCUACACCAGAACAUCGACCUCAGCGCCUGGGGCGACGGGACCGGGUUCGGGGGACCCGGCGCCGGCCAUAAGAUGCCCGUCCUGACCCAGUGCCGGUCCGGGGUGGUGAAGAUGCUGCGGCAGGACCCGCCGAGGAAAGAGGCUUGGUCCAUCUUCCGCCAGCAGGACCCGAGGGUGAAAGAGGAGAAGGGAGAGGGGCACGUCUUCGCCCCGGGCAAGGUGGCGAGAGACUGGUGCGAUGCGUGCAAUCGCCAGGUCCGCGCAGAGGCCCUGAAGUGCAAAAACUGUAGCUACACGUGUCACCUGGAGUGUCAGGGUCUUGUGCAGCUGGACUGCAACCAGCAGGACAGGCAAGAGGAGGACACCCCUUCCCAAGAGAGUCCUGGCCCAGAGCGCCGAGCCCGGAAUGCCUCCAAGGAAGAGGAGGAAAAACCAAAGGCUCUGUCGGAGGAGGAGAUCAGGAGCAAGAUCGAGGAAUACAACUCCAAGGUUUCCGAAUGUGUUGGAAUGAAACUGGGCGAGGACAAGACGUACACGGGCUUCGUCAAGGUGCACCUGAAGCUGCGGCGGCCCGUGACGGUGUGCUCCGCGGGCGGCGGGGCCGGGACGGCGGACAGCUCUGACCAGAAGACCUCGUUCUACCUGCCGCUGGACGCCGUGAAGCAGCUGCACAUCAGCAGCACCACCACAGUCAGCGAGGUCAUCCAGGGCCUGCUGAAGAAGUUCAUGGUCCUCGACAAUCCACGCAAAUUCGCACUUUACCGACAGACGCACCGCGACGGCCAAGACCUCUUUCAGAAGCUACCGGUGACGGAGAACCCCUUGUACCUGCGGCUGCUGGCAGGCCCUGACCCCAACCAGCUAACCUUCGUGCUCAAGGAGAACGAGACGAACGAAGUGGAGUGGCAUGCCUUCUCCGUGCCGGAGCUGCAGAACUUCCUCGCCAUCCUGGAGAAGGAGGAGCGCGACCGGGUGAAACAGGUGCGGCAGAAGUACGAGCUGUACAAGCAGAAGCUGAAACAGGCCUUACAGGAAGCUCAGGGAAAGCCCGGCUAGGAGCCGAGGAGGCCGGACACAGCUGGAGAGCAAACGGGGGAAGACGAAAGUGAUAACUUGAAAAAAUGGACAUACGGUAACGUUCCUCUCAGGACACUGCCGGCUUGCCCCCUCUGACCAGAAAACAGCAUACAGACGGAGGACUGAGGUCAGGAGGGAGAGAUGGAGAUGGGGGGUUGGGGGUUGCUGGCAGAGUUGUCAGGAAUUGUGUCAAAGGUUAUUUUUUUGUUCCGAAAUCUAGACUGCGUCCACCUGGUGGAUCUGAGCCAGUUUAUGGGGUGAACCCCCCAGGACUGUGUGACUCAGGGGUCGGACCUUGUGUAACUGCUGCUGCUACUGCUGCUACUGCAAGUGUUACUUAAGCAUGAGUUCUGUACUGACUGCGCUGGCCUACAAUGCAUGCCUCUGAGGAUGGGCGGGGGGGGGGGGAGUAUUGAAACAGUUGAAACAGUAUUGAAUUUAACCCAAACGGAGAAAAAUAAUGCACAGCGAGAUCAGAGAAGUGUUCCUUACACCUGUGUUUCAUAACAGACCUACAGCACGAGCAGGGCUUGCUUGGGGGUUGUUGUUAGUGCUUAUCCGAGACAUGGUUUCCUAGAUAGAGGGGCUUCGGUAACCAGAUUCAUAUUGGAGAGAUCCCCUGCAUAACGGCCACCAGGUUUUGACAUUAUGAGGCUACUACCAUGCAGGUGGUAUGUUCUAGCGCAUCUGCGAAGGAAUGGGGGAUCACAUUUCACACGCAUUCGGCUCCUGCACCUCCUUUGCACAAGUAAUGCGCUGAUCUGCGUCCUGUAUUCCAAGUGCAGAAAAAUGUCAGAUGUUAGUUCUCCAGAAGUCCGUGCCAUGUGGGCAGGAUAACAGAAACCUCCGCUCUGACGAGAGGAUGGGGCUGUAAAUCUGAUCGGUGUCCUCCAGUUCAAGGCGUGAAUUCGUUCAGCCUCAGAAAACUGCAGCUGUGGUGGAUUUGCUAAUAAGAAGAACAUUAUUGUUUUAAAUUAUAAGCACUUCACUAAAAUUACUAAAUGCACCUGGAAAGUGUGUUUCCUUAGGGCUUGAAUUUCAUGGUGGACAUAUAAUAUGCAUGCGUGACCUUGAGAAUGAUCAUCGUAGCUGGCCAGGUACGAAUCCCACUGGUUAAGAGGCAAGGAUGCCCCAGCAGUGAGAAGACAGAUUGAACCCGGAGCUCUUGUCUUCAGCCAGUAAAGACACCACGAAAACAGAGAGAAGAAGUACAGGGUAGAAGGCAAAGGGCAGCAACUUCGAGAAUCAUUGGAAUCAUCCGGGUGUCACGAGGAGAGAAGUGGGCAUGAAAGGUCACGAGACUCUAGAUUCCACAUCACAAGAGUGACACCCCAAGUGAUAACAUGCUGAUGUACAUAGAGUAAAGCUUUAGUAACAGAAAAGGGUUGUCUAGGAGGACAAGCACUUUUGGGGAAAAUGUUUAGGAUUGUAAUAUAUUUUGUACGAAACGGAACAGAAGAAUGAAAUGUGUCGUUUAAAUGGUGCACCUUCUUUGUGGUGUGAAAAGGGUGCAAGGUGAAGCUGCCCAGCUGCUGUCCAGGUGUCGUUCUGCGGGCCGCUGGAGGGCAUGAUGGGAGCUUCAAGGAGCUGAUGUAAUCAAGCCCAAAGAUCCGAUUUACAGUCCGAACUUCUUUUGAGAUGUUUUGUCUCACACAUAGGUGCUCCAUUGUCCUGGACUGGUGGACUGGUUUUCCAGGACAGGUGCGGAGCCCCCCUGCUCCUCACCGCACAGCUCCCAUGCUGAAGCCGCCCACGAAGGGCUUCCAAGGGCCUCAUGCUUGUGUUGCCUACGCCUCGGGGCUCGAACCCCAGCCUCCGCCACCCCACACAGACUGCAGCCGUGUAAAUGGGGCUGCAUUUAAGGGGGCGGAGCGGUGGCUCUGUGGCUAAGGAUCUGCGCCUGUGGCUGGAAGGUUGCCGGUUCAAAUCCUGCAGCCA